UGUGUGUGUAGGGGAGGGGAUCUCCCAACCCCUGUAUCUUGGUGGCAUUGGGGGUGGCCUGGGUGGAAGACCCUGGCUUACCCCACUGUGAGGAGUGAAGGGAUCCCAGCGUGGUGCUGUUGAUAGCAGGGGUUCCUGGGUGGAGGCGAAACACUGGCAGCCCCAGGGUAGCCCCUGACAGUGACACCUCCGGGGGACCCCUCUGGUACUUGGGUGACCGUCACAGCGCCAAGGUCGCUGAUCGCGUACAGAAAAAAAUACUGUUUUCUGACAGCAUCUAAGACUCACCAGCGUUGAUCCAAGGCACAGCAAUCUAUGAAUAGGCUUGCAACAGGCAAGUGGUGCCUUGGAGGUCUUCCAGGGCAUAAUGGAUUUGGCAUAUGUCUGUGAAUGGGAGAAAAGGCCUAAAAGCAACCACUGUCCUUCCAUCCCACUGGUGUGUGCUUGGUCCUGCAGGAACCUGAUUGCUUUCACAACAGACCUCAGAAAUGAGGAGGAAAAAGAUCUUACCCACAUGAUCCAUAUCCUGGAUACUGAGCAUCCAUGGGAUGUUUAUUCCAUUAACUCUGGGCACAUUGAAAUUAUCACCUGUUUGGAAUGGGAUCAGUCAGGUUCCAGGCUCCUGUCAGCAGAUGCAGAUGGACACAUCAAGUGCUGGAGCAUGACAGAUCACUUGGCCAACAGCUGGGAGAACACUGUGGGCAGCAUGGUGGAGGGAGAUCCAAUCGUGGCUCUUUCCUGGUUGCACAAUGGGGUGAAGCUAGCCCUGCAUGUGGAAAAGUCCGGAGCAUCGAACUUUGGCGAGAAGUUUUCCCGGGUCAAGUUCUCUCCCUCCCUGACUCUGUUUGGUGGGAAGCCCAUGGAAGGCUGGAUCGCUGUGACCAUUAGUGGCCUGGUGACAGUCUCUCUCCUCAAGCCCAACGGGCAAGUGCUAACAUCCACGGAGAGCCUGUGCCGUCUGCGCUGCCGUGUCGCCCUGGCGGACAUUGCCUUCACGGGUGGGGGAAACAUCGUGGUAGCCACCUCGGAUGGCAGCAGCACCUCUCCCGUCCAGUUUUACAAGGUCUGCGUCAGCGUAGUGAAUGAGAAAUGCAAAAUUGACACGGAGAUUCUGCCCUCCCUUUUCAUGCGGUGCACCACAGACCCAGCCCGCAAGGACAAGUAUCCAGCAAUUACUCACUUGAAAUUCCUCGCCAGGGACAUGUCAGAGCAGGUUCUGCUCUGUGCCUCCAACCAGAACAGCAGCAUCGUGGAGUGCUGGUCUCUCCGGAAAGAAGGCUUGCCAGUCAAUAACAUCUUCCAGCAGAUCUCUCCCGUGGUUGGAGACAAGCAGCCGAUGAUACUGAAAUGGCGGAUUCUCUCUGCCACCAAUGAUUUGGAUCGCGUUUCAGCUGUGGCUUUGCCGAAACUGCCAAUCUCCCUAACCAAUACUGAUCUGAAAGUAGCCAAUGACACCAAAUUCUUCCCUGGACUGGGUCUUGCUUUGGCCUUCCAUGAUGGUAGCGUCCACAUAGUUCAUCGCCUGUCCUUGCAGACCAUGGCAGUGUUCUAUGGUUCUUCCUCUCAGCGCCCAGUGGAUGAGCAGGCGAUCAAAAGGCAGCGGGCCGCUGGUCCUUUGGUUCAUUUCAAAGCCAUGCAGCUCUCCUGGACUUCACUGGCCCUGGUUGGGAUUGAUAACCAUGGCAAGCUGAGCAUGCUCCGAAUCUCUCCCUCCAUGGGCCAUGUGCUGGACAUGAACAUGUCUCUCCGCCACCUGCUGUUCCUGCUGGAAUACUGCAUGGUGACAGGGUACGACUGGUGGGAUAUCCUGCUCCAUGUUCAGCCCAAUAUGGUGCAGAACCUGGUGGAGAAGCUGCAUGAGGAGUAUAUGCGCCAGAAUGCAGCCCUGCAGCAGGUUCUCUCCACACGCAUCGUUGCCAUGAAGGCCUCUCUCUGCAAGCUUUCCUCCAACACUGUUGCACGCGUGUGUGACUAUCACGCCAAGCUAUUUCUGAUUGCCAUCAGCUGCACCUUGAAAUCGCUGCUCCGCCCGCACUUCCUGAACACUCCAGACAAGAGCCCCGGUGACCGGCUCACCGAGAUCUGCUCCAAGAUUACGGACAUAGACAUUGACAAAGUGAUGAUUAACCUGAAGACUGAGGAGUUUGUCCUGGAGAUGACUACCCUGCAGUCCCUGCAGCAGCUCAUCCAGUGGGUGGGAGACUUUGUGCUCUAUCUGCUUGCCAGCCUCCCUAAUCAGGGAUCCCCUGUGCGGCCAGGGCACAGCUUCCUGCGAGACGGGGCAUCGCUGGGGAUGCUUAGAGAGCUCAUGGUGGUGAUCCGGAUCUGGGGCCUGUUGAAGCCAAGCUGCCUCCCUGUUUACACGGCAACCUCAGAUACCCAGGACAGCAUGUCCCUACUCUUCAGGCUGUUGACUAAACUCUGGCUGAGCUGUCGUGACGAAACUCACCCGAGCGAGCCAGAUGAUACCCUGAUUGAUGAGUGUUGCCUUCUCCCCAGCCAGUUGCUUAUUCCCAAUGUAGACUGGUUACCCAUCAAUAACGGCAUUAUCAGUAAGCUGCAGAACAAGCAGCUCAUCAGACUGCAGUUCGGGAAGGCCCCUGGACUCAUUGGUCACACUGUUUCAUCGCAGUUUGAUGUCUUUGUCAGGGCAUCUGGGCAGCCAAAAAUUGACCACUUGAGACGGCUUCACUUAGGGGCAUAUCCAACAGAGGAAUGCAAGUCAUGUACCCGGAAUCUGCCUCUCCAAAUGGUUAUUAAUAGACUCGAGGUGGGAGCGCUGUGAUACCAAGAUUAUCCCACUUCCUUCCCACAUCCAGUUAAGCUGCGAGACUAUACUGGUUAUUUCCCUUAUCAGCAAUUUGCAGAUUCUGCUGAAAAAAAGAACGACAACAACAAAAGUCUCAGCUCUCGAUCUUAUCUCUGAGCUGCCUUUCAAGGCGCCAAGAUGCAAAAUUCUCACUGCUGCACCAUCACCUGCCCUUCGUACAAAUGUCGGAGGAGAAAUUAUGACAGAUAAUUAGCCCCACAAAGGGGAUGUUUCAACACGCUCUGCUGGUGAGGGUGCUGCCGUUCAGGUUGGCCUUGUGGUGAAUGUUCUGGGUUCAAUUUCUGGCUCUGCCUCUGGUUUAUGUAUGACUAUUGUCAAGUCACUUAAUCUUGCUGUGCUUCGGUUCCCUGUCUGUGAAAUGAGGAUAGCAACACAUCUUUUGAGAUUGCAAGCUCUGUGGGGCAGGGACUGUCUCUCCCUGUGUGUCUGUGCAGCACCUUGGACAAUGUAAUGCUGAUCUGGGCUGAGGCCUCUGGGUGUUCCUGUCAUACACGUUAAUAAGAAUUCCUUGCAGCUGCUCCUAGCUGAAGGUGACCUUUCUGGGUAAUACACUUUACUCACUUCUGAUUAGCCACCAGCAAGAGCUCUAUUGCAUAUAUGCAGCCUUUUCCUCUGAUCCUUAAAUUACUCGUCCUCUGGUCUGAGCCCAGUGGAGAGCAGAGAUGUGAGGUCUUUGUCCGUGCCAUCGAAAAAAGAGCUGGAUCUUGGCCUUAAAUGUGAACUAUGCAUCCCAGUGCAUGGCAGGUAAACCUGACCUGUUUUGCUAGCAUCCAAAGGCAUGGGGCAUGGAUGAUUUAACAUGCCUCUGAAUUAUGUACCUGGUCCUUCCAGGCAGAAGAUCUGUGCUGGGUGAGGCAUGCUGACUCCAAACUUCUGUACCGAGCUCUGUAACUUUGUAUCAGAUAAAUAGAUGGUGAUGAUCAAUCUAAGUAUCUUGAAGCGUUUCCUAAGCAGAUCUUUCAUUGAUUGAGGUGGUUUCUUGUAAAAUAGCUGCUGACAGCAAAAAAAGCUCUUGCAGCUCUUGAGCUGACAUAGACAUUUCUUUCAUUAAGGUGGAAGAUAAAUUAUAACCAUUGUCUACAGCCAAGCUCUGCGAUACAACUGCAUUUGCUCCGACCCCUCAGACAGAGACAAACACUUACAAGAGCUCUAUCAAGCAAUCUUACAACUACAAUAUCCACCUGCUGAA